AUGACUUCCAACCUCACGUGGUUUGACGAGCGGUUUUUUGGAGAUCGUGUUUCCCAGAUACUUACUCAUCCGUUUGCUUAUAAGGUGUACGGAUGGCUUACGCCGUUUCUUUACGUGGUGGUUUUGUUCAAAUGUGUUCAAUUCUUUCUCAAAUUCACAUACAUAGAAACUAUACUGGUCUACGAAGACCAGUUUAUAGACUACACCGAAGACACUCGGUUUUGGCUGAUCAUAGUCCCAAGUCUUCUCAUCAACGUGGGAAGUUUUACAAUGGCUAUAAUUACAGCACCUGGUGACGUGGAGAGUGCUCUUUUGGAAGAAAAGGAUGACGAGUUACGUCGCAAAAAACAGCAGAGGCUCCACAAUAUAUUUCCAUAUGACGGGCUUAUCUUCUUCGACUUUGGCCAGGGUUGCGGUGAAAAGAUGAUGCGUUGUCCUGAAAAUGCACCACAGGGCUAUUGCCGUACUUGCCGACUACCCAAGAUUGCCAGAUCGAAACAUUGCAACUCGUGUGGAAAAUGCUUCCUCAUGUUUGAUCACCACUGCAUCUGGCUCAACAACUGUGUUGGCUACAAGAACUAUCGUUAUUUCCUUUUGUUUCUGUCAUCGUGUAUCUGGGUGUUUUCAUACGCCGUCUACAUGUGUCACAAAGCUCUCAGAUACGUGGUGAACAGUUAUUACUAUAACUCUGCUGCGAAAGUAGCAGUGAUACAGAGCAAGUUCAAACUGGACGUAGUGGUUCUGGAGAGAUUUAGACUAUUGACGGACAGAGACUCUUUCAAUUGGCGAUGCUGGUGGUGGGUUAUAUCAGAUACAUCCAAGCAGUGUGAGGUUACAGGGAUUUUGAUGAUAAUGUGCUGUCUGUUCAUUCCGCUUUGCGCUGCCUUCUUGGGAGAACAUUUGUGGUACCUCUAUCUUGGAGUCACGACCAAUGAAACUUUGAAGUGGGAUUAUGUGCAACAUCUUGUUGACAUGAAGGCCCUUCAUCGUUAUGAUUGUACAGACACGUUCAAACUAUCAAGACGAGAGGGUAAGGAGGGUCUGUACCUGAUAAGAGAUGGUGUUAGAUUCUAUCGGUUAUCAGAUGGAUAUGAUGUCACGGACAGUAUAGAUUAUUCCAGCGGAAGGGUAUCCGCUAUCCAAUCCAUUGAAGAUUUGGAUAACAUUUACGACCGAGGAUUUUGGAACAAUUUGAAGGAGAGGAUUGUUUUGGGUGUUAAAAUAUAG